AUGGGUGCGUCUCCCUCGCCGGCGAUUCCCGAGUCCAUUUUGGAGUUUCUUGUUAAUUGGCGGUGGGUUUUGCACCAUCUUCUGAGCUCCGCGGAUUCGACGACCGAAGGGCGGUACCCGCAGCUCUUCGGAGACCUCCGCGCGAUGCGUUUGGCGCUCGCCGGCUCCUUUUCCGCCAUCACGACGGUCGGGGCGAUGCCGUUUGGGGCGCUCGAGAUGGCCCGCUGUGGGUUUUACCACCUCCUCCUCGCGGAGCGACUGCUGGGCUGCACCCCGCCCACCCUCCAUCCUUUUCUCACCGCCGCGGGGACGGGGGGAAAGAAUGCCGCUUCCGCCCCUUUCUUCUCGCGGGAGGGGGGCGGAUUUUCGGCCCACGCGCAGGCCAUGGCAGCCCUCCUCCGCUGGAUGAGCCGCGCGCAGCCCCCUAUCCUCCACGUCGAGGGGCUUUUUCUCGCGCUGAAUAUUUCACCCCCCUCCCGAACCCCCAACGCGGCCGAUGUCCCCGCCGAGGUCAGCGAAAAGACGGAGAAAGAUGGGGCGUCGAAGUCGUUCUCGCGCUUUGCCGAGGCUGCCGAAAAGCUUUCACAGCUCACGCCCUUUUAUUUAGGGGCGCAUACCUUCAUUACUCGCUCUUUACUGCAUUAUUUCACCCGUACGGUACUCUCCAUUGAUGGGAUUCGAACGCAUACCCGCCAUCUUCUAUCGCGUGCGAUUCCUCCGGCCUCGACGGUGGAGGAGGCGCUCAUGGGUUGGAUGCGGGGGGUUGUCAAACUCCUCGCGGAUGCCCCGGGAUCUUCAAACGAGCCGCCCCCGCCUCUCUCGGGCAGUUUUAAACAUUCCAAGGAUACAAAUAGGGACCAUACAAGCUUUUAUGACAAUUUUACCACCCAUUCCCUUGGUUCUUCCUCGUUUUCUUCCCCGGUGGGAUUUCACUCACGGGCUUGGGUAACCUGGCGGCAGACUUUUCUGCACCUCCCGCGGAAUUUCGUGGAUUUUCUCCACAGCGGCAUUGUCCUGAGUGUGGUGCUUUAUUUCUAUCAUCCCAAUUUAAUGCCGCUGGAGAAGAUAGAGCUCGUUGAAUUAAGUGAAAGGCAAAGGGGAAAUAAUUUAAGCGAAAAGCCAAGGACGAGGCUUCCAGAGAAUUCCACCGAGGACGCCGUGAAAGCGAAAAAUGAAAGCUUUUCUGACCUUUACAAGGGGGUUUGUUGUGCAGGGGAUAGUGCCGGGGUGGGGCACACGCAGGGGGUGCUGCAGAAUUGGGGGAAUAUUUUAAAAGUAAUGGAAAAAUUGCAAAUGGACCCGGGUCUCUCCGCCGACGAGAUUGUUUAUCACGGCCGCGGCGCGCUUCAACUGCAUAUUUUGCGCAUUAUGGAGGCGCUAUUCGCGGAGUUGGCGACGCACGCCGAGGAGGAGGUCCGCGCAAGAGUGGAGUGGGAGCUCACCCAGGAGCUCAUUUCCCCCAAAUUGGAGGAAGACGUCCCACAAAUUAACGUUGAUGAUGCGAAAAAGGAAGAAAAUAUCCCUGCCCCAGGCAAGCGGGAUCUCAUACUCCAUCCAGCGCAGAAGGAAGUGCUUUCAGAGCAAAGUGCGCUGGAAAGGGGCUCUUCGUUCAUUCCCGAAAUUGAACCCAUCAGGGGUGUUGUUGAGGAAUCUACCGUGAAAGAAGCGCCUAUCGCGUCCACAGUGAGGACACCCACACCGUUUUCCGCGCUUUCGAUAUCAUCCUUAUUUACCGAAACUUCCUUCUCUUUGCCAUGUACCCCGCAACCCAUUUUAAACUCUGCCUUCUCUAGUCGUGGGGAAGGGGCUUCGCCUUUGACGCCGCCAUCUAGCGUCGAUUUUCCCGAGAACUCCGACGUCGGGAGUACCGGUGAUGAGGAGGAGGGGGAUUUUAGUCCUCAGAUUAUUAUGGAACCCUACCGACGAGCACAGGGACGCGGCAUCGCCUCGCCUUUAGCGGUCUCAAUGAAAAUGUUGACGGAAUCUCAAUCGAUGAGGUCUACACAAGGUGCGUAUUUCACACCAACGCGGGGUGGGUGUUCCAGAGAAGAAUUAAACCUUCUGCAGGCUUUGCCCCCGCCACCACCGCUGUUGUCGAAAUUCGUGAUUCCAUCCCCAACCUUUGAAGGUCUGCCUUCCGACGAUGAGUUUUAUCAGAACGUGAAGGUUUCAAAUUUUAUGGAUACACUGACGGAUCGUUCACGAGUAACGGCCAAAAUCUCACCAAAGACAUCAUCACAUAUCCGAAAGGACUAUUUCAACUCAACAAUCUCCAGCACCGCAAAGGAAUCAUCUGAUCAAAAGAGUGAUCCGAAUCUUCACGAAAUCAGCCGCGCAUCAGAAGUUACCAAGAGCAAAGAACAUUCUGUGGUAAUCCUAUCAAGAAAAUCCAAAUUUGCGUCGGUUGAUGAGAUUGAUAGUGAACUUAGAAAUGCGGAAGAGAGCAAACUCAUAGACCUCCUUGAGGGUCAGAUGAAUAACUCAGUGGAGUUGCCAUCUCGUCGAACGCACAAUCGUUCACCGCCUCGAUCGGAGAUUUUAUACACUGAAGAUCCCACCCUGGAGAGUUCUUUUUCGUCACGAAUACCCUUUGCCAUGACGGAUGAGAGUGUGGCCUGCUUUACUGUUUUUUCUUCGGUUAAACAACCUCUUUGCAGGAAUGUCUGCCAAGAGGGAGAAGCUAUUCCGAGCCAAAAAAAUUCCAGCAUGAAAGCUAGACAUCUGGAUAUAGGAAACAGUGCUGAAUGGGAUUUACAACGCGUGCGAGGCGCUUCCAUAUCGACAGGUAAUUCCCCCAAGACGAGUUUAUCCCCACUUUCAAUCGAUAAAUGCUUAUCUGAUCUUAACUGCCUUGACCAAGCACCUGAAUCAUCUUCUUCAACAAGCAAAAAUCCGAUAACAGGGGUUGGAAACUCAAUUACCCAUCGCUGUGUUCGCCGAAAUGACACUUCAUUGCUUUUUCCUCCAUCUCCAGAGUCCCGUAAGUCUAAACCGACUAGAAAUGAGAAAAAAAUGGUACAAAGUACUUCUGAAAUCUCUUCUGUAGCUGGUAGGAAUAACAAUAAUAUCGAUAACCGAAAUAACUAUCAUAGCGGCAUCCGACAGCAACCCGAGACGUCUUCCCAACCAGAUUCUAAUUGUGCAAUUCAUCCACUUAUUGGCGUAUAUCCAGGCUUCCCUGACGAGCUGCAAUCCUCAAGAGCAAAGACUGUUAUUAAUACGGAGAAGAAGAACCAAACCUUUUCGUAUGGUGCGUAUUCUGCAUCUGAACUCGGUGCGUCUUUUGAGCGAAUGCGCGCGUUAAAAUCCCCUCGAAAAGUUUACCAUAAUAAAAACGGCGCUAUUGAUCAUCAAACUCUUACGAGAAGUUUGAACAAAUCGCUUCAAGGCAGAUCCGUAUCCUACGAUUCCGUCUUUGCACAACUCGCCGAAUCGGACGUGUCAUCGUGUAAUGAUAUCGAUUUACUACGAGACACCAGUACAGGAAGUGGCUGA